CACAUGAAAGGUACUUACUUUUUUUUUCCCAACAGUAAACAAUUAAACUUUGCGUCACACCCAAAACCUUACAAGAUUAUUGCAUUUUUUUCUUAUUCGCUUUGCAUUUAAAAUACUGUACAGCAGUCCCUUCCACUGAUAGCUGCACAAACGCACCUAGCAUUGCACUGUGUAGACCAUCCCAGCACUGUUGUUUGUUUGACUCUCUGACGACGCGUCAUUCUGUGUGUGCAAAUAAUGGGUUGAGCAGCUUAAAAUGAAUCUCAGCAUUUGCUGCUGCAACACCUUUGACUAGGAAGACUAAAGACGGCGUAAUUGUAUAGACAAAAAAUGCAAUAAAGAAAAACCUGUAACUUAAUUUCAAAACCUCGAAUUUAAAAGGCAGUAUCACAUAGCCAAGCCAUUAGUGAAUUAUUCACAACGGCUCUUGUUACCACACAGAUAGGGUGCUGUUGGUAGUUACAGCUGCUUACUAGUGACCUGCAUGACAUAUUCUUGUAUCAAUAGCUUUGACAACAGUUACUGUUUUAACUGUGUAUCCUUUAGGUGCUACAUGUGUGAAGCUCGGACAUACAGCAGAGCUUUAGUGCCCCAGGAGUUUGCUCUGUGGUUGAUUAUUAAUGGUGACCAGGGUUAAUUGUGUGUCAUCAGACUCCUCCUCUGUCAUCACCCAGUUUUGGUGUUUAGAUCCGUCCUCAUAUGUCGCUAGGCAGCCAGCAUUUUCCCUCCGGUUGUCACGGUAGCAGAUGUGUAUGGGCCCAUUGACGUCAAAGCCCAGGUCCAACAGCAGACUCAUGCUUCAUCAGACCAGGGAUGCUGCGUCAUUAGGCUCAGGAUCAUAUCAAUAUGGACGUGAAACAUGACUCUUGAGCUUAAGUGAGCAUGAGAUGAGUCUUACAUAGGUGUCUCAAACCCAAACUACUGUGUCAUAAAACCAUAUUAAAUGUUACAUUUAACAUUAGAUGAUGUGUUUAAAUCAUCUUGGUAUUAUCAUAAUGAUUUGUUUGAUUCAUAUUGUAGCGUUUUGCUAAUCCAAACAAAGGCUUGUUCAUCCUUCUCUGGAGCUUUCGUAAUGAAGUUUCCCACUGCUUUUCAAUCAACAGCCUGUUGUCAAGGUAACCACUCCAUUAAUUCUCAUCCUUUCCUGAUAAUGUGUUCCAGGGCUCCAGAGAUCAUCCUGGGCUUACCCUUCUGUGAGGCCAUAGACAUGUGGUCACUGGGCUGCGUCAUCGCUGAGCUCUUCUUGGGCUGGCCGCUUUAUCCAGGAGCACUGGAGUAUGACCAGAUUCGUUACAUCUCUCAAACUCAAGGGUUGCCAGGAGAGCAGCUUCUGAACGUGGGGACGAAGACGGCCCGAUUCUUCAUCAAGGAGUCUGAUUCACCAUACAGAGACUGGAGACUGAAGACGACUGAAGAACAUGAGACAGAAACGGGACUGAAGUCCAAAGAGGCGAGGAAGUACAUUUUCAGCUGUCUACAUGACAUUGGACAUGUGAAUCUAAUGCUCAACAUGGAGGGCUGUGACCAGUUGGCGGAGAAAGCUGACAGGAGAGAAUUCGUGGACUUGUUAAAGAUGAUGCUGAUGAUUGAUGCCGAUCAGAGAAUCGCCCCUUCAGAUGCACUUACCCACCCUUUUGUCACUAUGCAGCACCUGAUGGAUUUCCCCCAUUGCAAUCAUGUCCAGUCUUGUUUCCACAUCAUGGACGUGUGUCACACAAGAACCAGCAUGUACAAUACUCUCAACCGCAACAAAGCACCCCCACUUAUGAAGCCUGUGACGCUUCCAAGUGCUCCAAAUAUCACUGUCGCCUUCAACAAAAUGCUGUCUGUCCACUCUCAGACCCUGGCGCCAUCUGCUCCACCUGUGGUGCAUCCAGGAAUUCCCAUCCAGACAGGAAGCGCCCAGUUUGGGUGUAACGAUUCCUUUCAGCAGGCGCUCAUUCUAUGCCCUCCUGCUCUUCAAGGAAUCCCUUCAAACCCAAAUCAGCCAGCAGGAUAUUCGGUUAGAAUGGAGAGCACUCUUUCUCUGGUGACCCAAGCCCCAGCUAUCCAGCCUUUACCCAUGAGACCAGGAGUUAUAGCACAACAACCAUGGUCCAACAGGACUCCACAGAUCCUGGUGCCAGCUUGGCAGCAGGUCCCACCACCUGCUACGAGCUUGGCAUCCGAUUCAGUUGUUGUACCGCAGAGGCGAGGAGACUGGGGGAAAGUGCGGCCACACAGCAGCCAUUACAGUUCAGUGAUGCCACAGGCUAUUGUUCCCAACCAAAUGGCUGUGUCAGCCCAUCAGCCUAUAAACAUUGGCAUUGCUCAUGUGGUCUGGCCUCAGCCUGCAUCUAACAAGAGGAGCAAACCCAGCCAUAACAAGAGUAUGAAUGUCUUGCACUACACGGACACCCAGCCCUCAGUGUGUCCGUCACCAAAGAUGGCAGACAGUUUGGCAAGUGCGGAGCCACAGCCGAGCUCUCCUGACAGAGAGGUGCAGGCCCAGGUGAAACCAGAACCGGAGCAGGUGGAGGAGGAGAGCUGCUGUAAAACGGCAGUGGCCAAUCAGCAGCGAGAGUCUAUUAUCAGAGAGUCACCCAGCCCGGCAGUUAGCAUCAUUAGCAUAAGCAGUGGCACAGAUGAAGAGGAACAAGCACAGAGGUGCUCCCUUAACAAGUGUAAGGGCAGUCCGGAGUGUGAGGCAUGCACAGGCUCUCUGAACAUGGAGCGAGUGUGUUCCCUCAGCAGUCCUGAUAGCAGUCUGAGCACCAGCUCCUCAGCCUCGGCACAAUCCAGCCCCUCGCCAUGCAAAAGACCCAGCAGUAUAUCGGAAGAUGACGGCCAUGAAAGUGGGUGUGAAACAGUAGACGGCUCGCCCCCUUCAGACUCCUCCCUAGGACCUCACGACAGCCCCUUCCCUGAAAGACGCUUCCUGACCAAUCAGAACCAGAACCAGGAACCCCAGGCUAGGCGUGGACACCCCAGCACAGCGCUGAAUAAACCUGCAGUGAGGACCGUGGUGGUGCCACCCAUGAGAGUGCUGAAUAAUAACCAUUAUCCAAAUAAUGAGCAGCACACAGCCGGCACAGUCUUAGAAUCCUACUGCCAGUCCAGAGGUCGCUGCGGCCCAGGACGACUGAGCCACUUUUCUACACCCACGUUGCCCCGCCAGCAGAAACUGAGCUCUUCAUUCCAGCCACAGCCGCCAGGCUUUGGCCAGGUCCAGCAUUACGGGUCGUGCCACAAGAAGUGGAACGGCAACUACCGGCAGCCACGCCGGCCACAGGCCUUCAUCCCGCCCACAGUGCACGGCCCUACCUUCUCGCUUCCCCACGGCAGCCCCCCACACUCGGCCGGCCACCCGCCACCUCCCGCCCUCCUCUCCUAUCCGCCUUCCGCACCCAUGGCCCACCUCUUGCCUUCGCCGUGCCCACCACCGGCCCCUCGGGCCAUCUUGCAGCCCGCCUACAGCCUGGUGCACCAUCAGGGCAUCAGCAUGGGCAUCAACCACAGGCUGCUGCCCUCCCCUACCCUGCUCCCGCAGGGCCAAUUCAAAGCCCUCUUUCCCCCGCACUCCUAUGUGGCGUCACCCAUCUACGCAGGCUUCCCCCUCAGCCCCAGCAAACUCAGUCAGUACUCUUACAUCUGAGCUGGAGCCCGCGGCAGCCACGCGCACGCAGCCGGCACUGAGCUGCCACAUCUUUCUUUUCUUUUGAAGUUUGACAACAGUGAUGAUGAUGAUGCAAAUCGAGCUUUAUAGAUACCAUGGAACAUAAAACAAACAAAUGGAUGCGUGAGUGAGUGAGUAGAUUGAACACAAAAACUCACUUUUAAUGUGUUUUUGCACAUUUGAUACAACAAAAUCCCUAGUCGUGAGACCCUCGGCAGAGGGCCACAGCAGAUCCCCUAUGCUAUUUUUCGAUAUUGCCUUCUGACGUGUGUAUUAGACUCUCAUUCAAGCCAUCGCUGUCGCCAAUGUGCGUGCGAGUCCCCUUGUGGCGACCUGGUGUUACCUGUCCGUAUUUUUCCGUAGCUCCUCAGUGUUAAGUCUCUUUUAGACCUGUGUUGAAAAGGUUCUGUCACGCUGCAUGUCUCUGCAUGGGCAUUUUUUUACUUAAAAAAAGGGGGGGAAGGCCUGCAAACCGUCGCUUUUCGCCCUCUGUGUAUAUGUUGUACGACUUGCUGCAUUGAAUCCAUUGGGGUUCAAUAAACAGUGCCUUAAAAUACAUGUUGUUGCAAGUUACCCCGAGUCCCACAUGCAGUCAUGCGUGUACUGGACUGCAGCACUUGAAAAACUUUCAAUCGUUCUUUGUGAUUUUUAUAUUAGGGCUGUUUCAUACAGUAGAUAUUUGGUUUUUUCGUGCUUGGUGCAUUAGCGCAUUCGUUGGCUUACAUAAUCAAUACAUCGGUGUCGUUUCUACUUGUUUAAUUCAUCUCUUGGGGUCGCGACAGGAGUUUUUUUGUUCAGAAAGCAGAUUGGGUAUCUAUCCAAAUGCGCCCUAAUGGGUCUCAUGUUUUAAGCCAACAAAAAAAACUCACUAUUCAACACCCGAUUGGCUAUUUGCGCCAAUAUUAGGCUCAUGAUUUGCCCUUUUGUACAGGCGAAUGAUUUGCGCAUUAUUUGGAAGCGAAACAGUCCUUUACGUGUGUUAUUUAGAGGUGGAUGUAUUGUGCUGAGUGGUAGCUGAGCUUGAUUCUUUGAGGAUAACGUGCUUCGCCGUAGCAGAGGCCGAUGAACUAUGUAUAGAAACGUUUGAGUACUUUCAUAUUUGAUAAUCUGUUUCUACUCUAAUAGUAUUUACACUGUUUCAUGAAACUGCAAUACAAUCCAUAGUUUUCGGGGUGUGUUUAUCGUUUUCUUUCCAUCAGUUCUAUGUUAAUUUUAGAGUUAGAAGUGUUAUCGGUGUUGGAUUUGUAUCAGCAGAUAGCUCUUUGAUGAUAUUGUAUGGUUUCAUGUUUGCUUUGUGCAGAAUUAUUCAGUAUUUGAGUAUCCAACUGUAAAGUCUAUCAUUGCUGGAGUAUUCAGUGCUUUAUAAGACGAGAGUUGAUCGUGUGCAAUUUUCUUCAUAGAUGCAUGUGACAAGAUUGGAUUUUGUAUUCCCUCUCUCACAAUUUAAUUGCUUUUUUGAUGUUGUUUUUAUUUCAUACAUUCCGUCAGGGAGAAAUAGCUUUUUUUUCUGUGUGAAUUCAUUUUUUUUUUUAUUAGAUUUGAGUUUUUCCAUUAGGUGCAUUCUUUCAUUAUGCUUUCGCUACACCAAAGACAGUCAUCCAUUUCUUAAGCAGAGUAGCUACUGUUUUAGCGUAGACCUCAAGCGUAGUGUAGUUGAGGCCAUAUUUAACAGAAAAUCUUUGUAAAAAUGUUGAGGUUGAUGUUUAGCUUUUUCGGGCAAGUUAUGACUUUUUCAUUUAUUCUUGAAUGUAUCAUAGAUAAGCUGCUAUAUACUGAUUGCCACUUCAUAAUAGCUGUGAAAUUAGAUGAUUAACUGUUCUUAGCCUUCUUAUUUUUAUAUAUGUCUAAUGACCUUGAAAUAGAAGUGAGAUUUUAUUUUAUUUUUUUCUUUUCCGUUUGUUUGUUUUUGAGUUUUACCGUACUGACUGGCAUCAGAAGCAUUUUAAUGCCUCUCUCUGUUUUGCUUUCUUUUUUUGAAGUGUCAUUGUAACUACUGUAUUGCAAGUAAUGGCGAUUUUGGGGUUUUUGUGUGCGUGGGUUUGUGUUCUUUUACGUUUCGUUUGCAUCAGUGUUUUAUCUGUUAUCUUGGGGCUAAUCUUACGUAUUAGAUGCAUAUUGGCGUAUAUCUAUCUUAGUACGUAUAUUUGCAUUUUGUUAAAGCAUAGCUUGCAGGAUAGAUUUAACUUUUUGUUUUAAGUAUCAAUAUAAAUUCUGUAUUCAAUUACCCACUUAUAUCACCAUUUCAGACUAUUAAUUUCAGUAAUGCUAUUAGCACUUGCUACUUUUGAUAAGCUAGCCAAAA